AGAGAGAGAGAGAGGGAGAGAGAGAGAGAGAGAGAGAGAGAGAGAGAGAGAGAGCCUUGAUGCACAAGUGUUGUGACCAGGCUGGGCCGUUAUUGUCACAGUGAGCGGAGCCAAUACAAGCGGCAGAGCAACAUUUAUCUUGAUUAAAGACGAAGCACACACUCACUCAGCCGAAAUGGGGAAGGUGGAAGGAGGAAUGAAGUGCGUAAAAUACCUCUUGUUCGUGUUCAACUUCAUAUUCUGGUUGAUGGGAUCCUUUGUUCUGGCUGUGGGACUGUGGCUGCGUUUUGACCCAGAAACUGUGUCUCUGCUCAAUGGUGAAAAGGCUCCAGACACUUUCUUCAUAGGUGUGUACAUCCUGAUAGGAGCUGGAAGUCUGGUGAUGUUGGUGGGUUUCUUUGGCUGCUGUGGAGCUGUUCGAGAAUCUCAAUGCCUUCUGGGUUCUUUUUUCGCGUGUCUGCUGAUCAUCUUCGGUGCUGAAAUUGCAGCGGGGGUGUUUGGAUUCUUAAACAAAGACAAGAUUAUCGAAGAUGUUCAGACCUUCUACGCAACAACAUACAAUGAAAACAAUAACAGCACCUUGAUCAUUUCGUACCAGAAAGUACUGAACUGUUGUGGAACCAUAGCAAGCCCCUGUACUGAUCCCAAACCAGAUACAAAGGACUGUGAGACAGGCAUCAAGGACUUCUUCAACAGUAAACUGUACAUCAUUGGGUAUGUGGGCAUCGGCAUUGCUGGAGUCAUGAUUAUUGGGAUGAUCUUCAGUAUGGUGCUCUGCUGCGCCAUUCGCAAUAGCAGAGAGGUCAUCUGAGCUGGAACGUUGACUUCUGCCAAUCACCACUCCGAGAGACUGUACAGCCUUCAGAUCAAAUGUCAUCCUCUGUCCAAUACCCAUUCUGGGACCAAGGAACCCUAAUGGUGCUCAACCCAGCUGUCCUGGCCUUAUUUUCCGCUAUUUCUUUUAUUCUUUCCUUUAUUUAUUUGCCAUCACAAGCCAAGAUGCAUACUCUACUUUUAACAAUAUUCUAAUAAGACUCAGAUCAUUCACGUAUCCAGUGGGAACAGUAUAAUUUUUUAUGUUUACCUGACAAUCUGUCCAGUUUGUUAUUUCCUCUCAGCCAUUUAGCAACCACUACAAAAAAUGUUUAACCCACAUACUGUCGCAGUUGUGUCAAUGCUUUCUCACACAGCCUUGACAUCGACCCCAAGAAUGUGGGAAAGUUUAGCGCCGAGAGAGGAAUCGGGUGAAAGCAGCUGAGUUUGCUGUCUGCAGAAACCAACACACAGUAGAACGCGCACAGACACACGAGCACAGCAAUGUUGUGUUAUGUGAUACCAAAGCCUUAAAAAAGGUUUUCCGGAAGCAUAGUGAACCCUGAUUGGUUGAUUCAAAGUAGGGUGUCAAGGGAGAGAAUGACCAGUAACUGUUGCAGUAAUGAAUCCCCCAUGCACCAUUAUGUACAGUUUAAACACCAUGGAAGAAAGUGCACAAACAACAUGGACUGCAUGCUGGAAGAAAAUCUUUUAUAGUUCAACAUUUCUGGGAUCUGCCUGUUUGUAGAAAAAUAAUGCAAAUCCCAUGUUCAAAUAAGAAAUAUGAAGCUAAAUUCUGUAAAAAGUUCACUUAGCUUGGUUUAGCACACAGCCUAGAAACAAGCCAUAUGAAGUACUAUGAGCAAAGUGCUGGUAGGCUAAUUUUAAAACCUUUCAUCCCAUUUCAGGGGCGUAUUUGUCACCUUCUGAUGGGGCCAGGUUAGUUGCAUCCAAUCUUCGCAUUAAGCUAGCAAAAGCUAUCCCUCUGCUGGCUGUAGCUUCAAUUUGACGACACAAAGACAUGAAAGUGAUAUCUAUCUUCUCAUCUUUCUCUUUCUUGACGAGUUAACUAAUACACAUAUUUCUCAAAAUAUCAAAGUAUGUCAAAUUAAACCAGUGGUUUAGACGUUUUCGUUCAUAUGAAACAGAUCAUUAAAAUGUAGCUAACAUUGCAGGUUUGAAAUGUUACCGUCUUUGUUUUGAUAACUCAAGAAAGAUUAUGUCUGUGAAUGUUCUCAGUCAUCCAGGUCGUGGUAAUCCAAAGCUUGAUCCGUAAGGCAACAGGACUGGUAGAAAUUACUGAAGACUUUUCACCUCUCCUCCAAAAGGCGAACUGAAGAAGCCUUUCGAAGGAGAGGUGAAACGUCUUCAAGAAUUUCUACCAGUUCAGUCGCCUUACGGAUCAAGCUUUGGAUCAAGAAAGAUUAGAACUUUUUUAAAACAGAAAUUCCUUCAAAAAGUCAAUCAAAAAUACAAUACACUUGAAAGUGGUCACCAAUAAUCUGAAGCAGACAUUGUUUGUUGUAGAGGAGUUAGAAGAUACACUGGUACUGUACUAGAAGUAGUUUUUUAAAUAACUACACUGAAUGCUGUACAAAAAAAACAGAUCUCAUCUUUGUCACAGAGGAAUUUUUCUCUUGUGUUUGGACCGAUAAUAUUUGAUAAAUUCCAAACUACCCACUCUUUGUAAAGUAAUGUGUAUUCACUCUUACAUAAGAGAGUACCCCUGAGUCUGUUAAGGGCAUGCUAAAACGAUCAUGUGGAUCAGCUAAACAUACAUCAGUCUGUCAACUGAGAACAGGUGCUGAGCCGGUGAAAUUCAGUCAUCCAAACCGGGCCUUAGAUCUUCAUUCCAAUUCCUUCUUUUUUUCCCUCUCUGUGCCUUAAAAACAAGACAACAAAAAUUAGAACCAACCCCUGUUACUCCUCUCUCACCAACCUCAGCUGGUAAUAAGGCAAAAAAAAAAGACAUGCCUAACCUGGAAUCACUCACAAUAGUCCAGGUUAAAUCAGGCCACAUUUUCCAUGUGUCAGGACUCUGGUGUGUAAAUAUGUGUGAGUUUUCUUCUAGUUGUACAUUAUCUUGUAGCUUAUGUGAUACUAUUUAACAUGCUGUGUGUAGACAGAGACUUUAGUAGGUGUACAGUGUUAUAGUCAUAACAGUGAUUGCCAUAGUCAGCAAAUCCACACAACUGAAACAGCUCCUUUCACGUGCCUUUCUUUGAUAACAAGCAUUUUUUAAAUAAAAACACAGGCUAUCUGAACGUAGCAGAGGAUUGCAGCAAAAGUUGUAAAUAUGUUUGUAGAGUUGGACUGCAAUUAAUUGUCACACAUUUUUGAUGAGUAGCACACAUGGCUCUUUUUGCUAAUAUUGUUUUUGAUGUGUUUUUAAGUGUCACACUCAACUGUGUCAUCCCUGCCAAGAGAGCAGACGUGAUGAGAACAACAGUUUCUUGCCAAGAAUUUCCGAAGCCUCUUGGUAGUAAAGAAAUAUUCUGGGAACUAAAAACAAUGAUCUGUCAAAAAAAAGUUGAACCAUUGUCAGUCUGUUUUUGUUUUACAUGCUAUUAUAAUGAGACAUAAGUAAGACAAAGACAAAGAAUACAUAAUCACUGAGGCUGUUGGGAAGCCAGCAGGCACUGUUUACUCUGUGGAGUGAUGUUUUCACUGCAGCGGCUCUGUGGAGUUAAAACAGGCUGAACUGCUGCAACUCAGUCCAUAAAGCUGUCGUUCUGUUCUCCAAUUAUAUUUGUUUUGGCAAAUCUGUAGAAGUAAAGUACUGUGCAUGAAAAAAAAAAAACACACUGUACACAGUCGAGCCUUUUUGUAAUUGAUUGUGUGUUUAUUUAUUUGAAUACCAUUCCAGGCUUCUCAGGAAGAUCGGUGUUUAAAGUUUAAUAAAGGUUAAAGUUUUAAA